CUAAAAAGUUCUGAAGACAUAUGUAAAAUUAUUGAUUCUGCUGUUGCUGUAGUAGGUGGUCAAGAUAUCUAUGAAAAGGAAACGAUUCUUAGCUAUCUCAAGGAAUUGAAGGCGGAUUUAACCUCUGGUCUUUCGAAAGUCAAUCUGCCUAGUUUACCAACGCGCAAUAAAAUACGGAAAUACGUAAAACCAAGUGACACGCGUUCUAGUGCAACGGCGACGAAGACCGGCGCCGCUGAAUGUAGGGCUAGGAAUAUUGUUGUGCGAACGCCUGGCCUCAGUUAUUUGAUGCUUGACAAGUUAAGAAACUCAACUCUUACUAGUUUUGACCGAUGCGCCAACGGGUUUGUGAAAAUGCUUAAGGUUCUCUCGGACGCGGAUCCGCAGUUUACUACUCUUUCCAAUGAGCUUAUUUCGGAAUUGCUUGAUCCAAAUCCAACCGUGAGAAGAUCUAUCUAUGUUCGAACGGAAGAUUGGAAAGGUUUGCAAGAACACAUUGCUCAUUUAGAACAGAGAGCAAAGGAUCAGCAAGAAGGCAGUUGGCCCUUAAAUGAUGCCGAUGCAGUGGUUAUAAGUGAUUUGGACGAUUUUGUUGAACUUCUCUGCAAUGCGGACCCGGAUAUGGUGCGCACAUGCCUAUCUGACGACCGACUUCCUCUAGCGUUGAGCCACCUUUAUCAGGGAGAGAAGAGCGUUCUUAUUCGACGUUUUUACCUUUUGGUUACUGUGGCGACCUGUCACAUACAACCUGCUGUUUGGCCCGUCUAUCUUGACUCGGGUUUACCGCUAGAAAUAAUUCGUGAAAUUAGGUCAUCCGAUGUUGAUGAACUCGAUGAAUCUUUCUUCGACUGCGUUUUCGGAAAGGCAUCGCGAUCUGUAACAAGCGAGGUGAAUUCCCUUGCUGAUAAUCCUCCAGUCUUCGCCUCUACGGUAAGACCCUGCAUCUCUAAUGCAAAUCCACCACAGAACCAGGGUAUGAACAAUACUAAAACAAUAUCUUCGAUUCUUCUUGAUACUUUCAUUCAAUUUGUGUGCGCUGCCAACCGUCAUUUUUGCACUUCCCCAUCAACUCCUCUUACACCUAUCAUGAAUACGAUGCUUGGCAAUCAUGCCAUCACCAGGGAUCUAAUAGAACGCCUCCUCUAUAUUUUCAACCGUGAUGUCGAUCCUCUGAGUUUGGAUGGCGUGUCAUUUGUACGAAGGCUUCGUGGUGUCCUUCAUGAGGGUUUUGACAUCUCGUCACAACUCUACAGUGGUUUUUUGGUUAAACCGGAUCCGGACGAUGAGUUGAGUGCGGGUCAAUUUGGUAGAUACUGUCGCAUUUCGUCCACGCAAAGUAGUGCUGGUGAAAAUGGAGCCUGCGUUGGUGAGAUCGGCGGGAGCGGCGAUCAUGUCGGUAGUGCGGAUGAGGGUGGAGUGCGUGUUAGUGGUUCAGGAAAGAGUUUGCAUCACCGCACAGGCCUCACAGAUGCCACACUCCAACUGGCUCCUGACACCCCACGCAACGCGGUUCGUAAGCUCCUCGCUGAUAUCUUUUCGAGUCGCGACACAGCCAGUCUUAUCUACCGCAACGAUGUCAAUGUUGUGAUCGACGUUAUCAUUCGGCAAAUCUGCGAUCUACCGGCUAAUUCACCGAAUUUGUCCGAGUUUUUAUUCUGCAUGGAUAAGGUGAUUCGCAACACUGAUUGCAUGUCAUGCACCAGCGGUCCCUAUCGCUUGGAAGAUCUCCUUGAAGCUCUCCGAGGAGUAGAAUUUAGCGCCAACACUUUUGGUGCCCUGAAUUCGCGUGAUUUUACCACCUCGCGAUCUCUGCGUCUAACUAAUGAUUUACUCACUCUGCUUAGCGCAAUGAGCAGUUGA